AUGGUAAAUUUUUCAGUUGAUCAAAUCAGAGAGAUCAUGGACAAAUAAGACAACAUCAGAAACAUGUCUGUCAUUGCACACGUUGAUCAUGGUAAAUCAACCCUCACAGACUCAUUGUUAUGCAAAGCUGGUAUUAUCGCCUCCAAAGUUGCUGGUGAUGCUAGAGCAACAGAUACCAGAGAAGACGAAAAGGAAAGAGGUAUUACAAUCAAGUCAACUGGUGUUUCUCUUUAUUAUGAAUAUGACAUUUAUGACAAUAAGACCUUAGAAAAGUUUUUGAUCAACUUGAUCGAUUCCCCAGGACACGUUGAUUUCAGUUCUGAAGUCACAGCUGCCUUAAGAGUUACAGACGGUGCUUUAGUCGUCGUUGAUUGUGUUGAAGGUGUGUGUGUCUAAACCGAAACAGUGUUGAGACAAGCUAUGUAAGAGAAGAUCAAGCCAGUCGUCAUGGUUAACAAAAUCGAUAGAGCUAUCUUGGAAUUGAAGCAUGAUGGUGAAACAAUGUAUUAAAACUUCGUCAGAGUCGUUGAUAUGGUCAAUGUCAUCAUCAACACCUAUUAAUAAGAAGACAUGGGUGAUCUCCUUGUUCAUCCAGAACUCGGAUCAGUCUCAUUUGGUUCAGGAAAGGAAUGCUGGGCCUUCUCAUGCACCAGAUUUGCCAGAAUCUAUGCCAAACAAAUUCAAGAAAGAUUGUGGGGAGACAAUUACUUUGAUGCUGAAGGAAAAUGCUGGAGAAAAGACAACAUCAGUGGAUCAGGAAAAGCUAUGAAGAGAGCCUUCGUCGCUUUCAUCAUGGACCCAAUCUGCAAAUUGGCUAAUGCUGUUAUGGAAGGAAAUAUGGAUGUAGCUAAUAAAAUGUUUGAAACUUUGGGAUUGAAACUCACAUAAGAAGAAGCUAAAUUAGAAGGAAAGCAUUUACUCAAGUGCUGUCUAUGUCUAAAUGGAUUAAUGCUGCUGAUACAUUACUUGAAAUGA